AUGCAUCAGCAGAAAACUGGAAUCAGAAACCAGAGGUUUCACCAGGUUGGUCUGAAGGAGAUUCGUGGUUCCAGAGCAAGAGAUGAAAAACGAUUUAGUUACAGCCAACCUGGAUGCAGCACCGACUCCUCCACGCCAGAGGGAGGAGGCAAAAGGAUAAGAGGUCAAGGAGUCUCCGAGCUCUGCUGUCCUCCCCCCACGCCAAUUCUGGGGGAAAACCAAGGAACCUCGGCUCGGAACCACAGAGUGGGCGCGCAACCCCGCGAGCCCCACUGGCGACCGGCACCCCCACACCCACCGCCGCCGGAGAAAAAGGAAAACACCUCGGGACCGCCCGGCGACCCCCGCGCCCACGUCCGCCUCAACCCAACCCGCCCGCCCGGCCGCCCGCGACGGGAUCGCGGCCUCGACGCGACGGAGAAGGCCGCCGCGGGGUACUCAGCCCGGGUCGGUGGGAGCCUCCGGUUUCCCUCACGCGUCCCCGCCGCCUCCUCAGCUGCUCCCAGCCACCCCUUUCUCUCGACGGCUCUGCACUGGGAAGACAUCAAGGAGAAGCCUUACCGGGUUCCGGCUGCGGCUCCGCAAAGCGAACCUCCCCUUUCCUCUGCCGACACCCACAACUCUCCUCAGCUCAGCCCCGGUUUUAGCGCUGGCGAGGAGGAGGCGGGAGAAGCAGCAACCGAGCUAGGCGGGCGAAAGCUACGCCUCCCGCACACUCAUUGGCUAUCCGGGGAGGCGGGCCAAGGCGUCCUGGGCACCACCAUUGGCUGGGGCGGCCUUCCUUCAGAACCACCCCCUCCCCUUAAAGAGGUGGUCCGAAAGCCUGUCCCUCAGGCCUGGGCCACACCUCCGGUCCUGCUGUCCCCACCCCCCGUCAGCCGGAGUCCCCUCCCCUCACGCACCCACCCACGAGGCGGCCGGACCGACUUUUGUGAUCUGCUGCGUUGCCCACGGUUCGGCCUCUAG